GGAAAGUCCUCCCGUUUUCUUCAUCUGAUUCCCCGUUACUUUUUAUCUUUGUUUUUUUGUUGGAUUUGUAUUUUGGUUUCGUUCUCAAAACCCCCAACUUUCCCUGAAAAUCAGAACCCUAGAUUCCACAUUUUCUCCCUAAACAAGCACCCCUCGUAAUGGGCGGGGUCAAGUCCUCCUUGGCCUCCAAGUUCGCGUUCUGCCCACCGAAGCCGCCAUCGUACGGACUUGCGGUGGAUGAGUCCACUGGGAGAUUGACGAUGUCGGGCGUGCCGUCGAGGGAAAACGUCGAUAUUUUGAAGCUGUGUACAAAAAGAGGGAACGAGAUUGUGGCUAUGUAUAUGAGGAACCCAGCUGCGACAUUGACGCUGCUCUACUCGCACGGCAACGCGGCUGAUCUGGGCCAGAUGUAUGAGUUGCUCAGUGAACUCAGUGUUCAUCUCCCGGUUAACUUGUUAACGUAUGAUUAUUCUGGAUAUGGGAAGUCAACUGGGAAGCCGAGUGAGCACAACACUUAUGCUGACAUAGAAGCUGCAUAUAGAUGCCUGGAGGAGAUAUAUGGUGUGAAGGAGGAAGAUGUUAUCUUAUAUGGACAGUCACUUGGAAGUGGACCUACUAUUGAUUUGGCGGUCCGGUUAUCAAGAUUGAGGGCUGUAGUUCUCCACAGCGCAAUCUUGUCUGGACUUAGAGUCCUGUAUCCAGUGAAACGGACAUAUUGGUUUGACAUUUUCAAGAAUAUUGAUAAGAUACCGCUGGUCAAGUGUCCUGUUUUGGUAAUUCAUGGAACUGCAGAUGAUGUUGUGGAUUUCUCUCAUGGUAAGCAGCUUUGGGAGCUUUGUAAAGAGAAAUAUGAACCAUUAUGGAUUAAAGGAGGGAAUCAUUGUGACUUGGAGCUUUACCCACAGUUCAUCAGGCAUCUCAAGAAGUUCAUAUCAGCAAUGGAGAAAUCAGCACACCUGAUAAAUUGUUCAGGGCCAGUUGCAGACCUUUCAGAGAAUCCCCAGAAUAGCACAGAUUGUAUAGAAAAAUCCAGACAAAGUAUAGAUCAGAGAGAGAAGUCCAUGCCAAGCACUGACCAGAUAGAAAAGCGAAGACCAAGCAUAGACCACAGAGAGAAGUCUAGAACCAGUAUUGACAAGAGCGAGAAGUCUAGAACCAGUACUGACAAGAGAGAGAAGUAUAGAACCAGUACUGACAAGAGAGAGAAGUCUAGAACCAGUACUGACAAGAGAGAGAGGACUAGAACCAGUAAUGACAAGAAAGAGAAGUCCAGAACAAGCACUGACAAGAGAGAGAAGUUGAGAACCAGUAUUGACAAGAGAGAUAAACCGAGAAAGAGCAUGGAUGGCAGGGAGAAAGCAUGUGCUGGAACAGACCAACCAGAGAAAGCAAGAAAAAGCAUUGAUCGCUUAGGAGGCAUGAUGAGAUCAGUUGGAUUGUGUAAUAUCGGUUGUUUCAAGCAUAAUGUAUCUGGUGGCUGAGAAAGAAAGAAAGGUCAGUGCACAGAUUCAGGAUGUAUUCUGGUUUUGAUUUAUUUAUUGAAUUGGUCAUGGUAGGUGAUAGGAAUUCUUUUUGUUUUAUAUCUCCAUUUUCUAGAGAAAAAAAAAUGGGGAAUUAAUUUAACUGUGCAGAUUAUGCAUCUCGAUUGCUGUCUAUCCAAGUUAAUAAAUCUUACUUUCUCCCUUUCUGACUCAA